AUGCCUGCUGACGCUGAACUAAAUUCGGUUUUGGUAAGACGACAAGAAUUAAAUGACGCCCUUGAUAAUGGCACGGAAAUCAAAAUUAAAUACAAAGUGGUGAACGUUUUUACUGAGUUUCAUGAAUUUUCAAGGAAGGAAAUUAAACAGUACGAGGCUACGUUUAAAAAAUUCAAUACAAAUAAAGAUGGAUAUCUCAGCUUGGACGAACUCAAGCGUAUGAUGGAAGUUCUUGGAGCUCCGCAAACUCACAUCGGCUUAAAGCAAAUGAUCAAAGAGGUUGAUGAAGAUAACGAUGGUCGUCUUUCCUUUCAUGAAUUUAUGUUAGUGUUUCGCAAAGCUAGAGCCGGCGAAUUGGACGAAGAUUCUGGAUUGGGACAAUUGGCCCGUUUAGCUGAAAUUGAUGUAGACAAAGUUGGAGUGAAUGGAGCUAAAGAUUUUUUCGAAGCAAAGAUUAAUGAAUUGAGCAAGAAGAGCAAAUUUGAAGAAGAGAUCCGGCAAGAACAAGAUGAAAGAAAACAAAUGGAAGAAGAAAAAGCCUUGCGACGUCAACAGUUUUUGGAAAAAGCUUCUAUUUUUAAAUGUGCUUAA